GUUAUGCGGGUAGGCUGUCGAGGAGGGGAAGGGGUGGGAUGAUUCGAGCGGAUCGGGCGAGAGAUGUGGCUUCUGCGCUAUUUGCUUGGAGAAGAUCGCGCUGCCGGAGAUGGCGCUUGUAAAGGGCUGCGAGCACGCCUACUGUGUGAUGUGCAUCCUGCGGUGGGCAACAUACCGUGAAAGACCAUCGUGCCCUCAGUGUAAGCAUCCAUUUGAGUUCCUCAGUGUUCACCGUUCACUUGAUGGCAGCAUCCAAGACUACAUGUUUGAGGAGAGUGUAUGCCUUCUCCUUAGGGCAAGUUGGUUUGUACCAUUGGCAGUUCAGGCACAACGAGAGGAGGUGCAAGAAGACGGUUUUGAUGAAUUAGAAGACUUUCUUCAAAACGAAUAUGAAGAUGAACUUGACGAUCUAGAUGAAAGCUACUUUGCUAGUAGAUCAAGUAUUCGUAUCGGUAACAGGAGAUGGGGUGACAACGGUUAUGUGAGGACCGGAAGGAAGGAAGCACGACCUGUCAAUCUGCAGUCUUUCGACGAUGAGGAUGCUGGCCCAUCUCGGACUCCAAAGAAGAAAGAGGCAGCAAAAGACAGCACUGGAAGGCGGGCGAAAAGGGCCCUGAAGCGUGAGGCUGCCGAUAAGGCAGCCGCAGCAAAGCACCAGCAGCAUCUGCAGAGGCUGGGCCGCAAGUAGUGCAGUGUUUCAUCAACUAUAUGUUGCCACUGCUUUCUGUGUAAUAAGCCAGCGACUUACUGUACAGCAUGUUAACCUCAAUCAUGUUAGGUUUAGUUUGGAGAAGUGCCACCGAGCAUAGCGUUUUGGUGCCUCAAGUCUUCUAUAUGCUUCGUGUAAACAUGCUUCUUUAAAAACUGUACUCAUUUGACAGGUCAGAUUUAUGUGUUUAAUUGAAACUA